GGACAGUUGUGAACGAAUAAACUCUUGUAAACAUCUUUUCACUUGCUCUCUCUCCAUUGCCCUGUUUCUUCCUCUUCUUCUUCUUCUUCUUCUCAAAGUUUCUGCAUAGGCAAAAUAUGCUUGGAGCUAUGAGGAGCUACUGCAACUUGCAUUUCUGAAACAGUGGAUGUGUCUGUCAGUCCAUUUUGAUUUCUGAAUUGCCGAGUGGCUGUGUUUUUCUGAAUGCAGCUGGUAGCCUUCUCGUCGGUAUCAGACGUUGGUCUUUGAUUGGUGGAGGAGCCAAGGACUUGUAGCACACCCAAGCGAGCAGAGCAGAGCAUUUGGUAUUUGAAUCGGGAGGAACUAUGUUGCUGGACAAGGAGGAGGAGAGGAGCAGGGUCCUGGUAAUUGGUGGCACAGGUCACAUCGGCAAGCAUAUCGUUGCUGCGAGUGUCCGCCGCGGCCACCCGACCUCUGUCCUCAUCAGGGAUGCUGCACCGGCUGAUCUCGCCAAGGCGCAGCUCCUCAAGAGCUUCAUUGAUUCCGGUGUUGCUCUCAUCAAGGGAGAUUUAUUUGACCACGGGAGCCUCGUAAAUGCCAUCAAGGGUGCAGAUGUCGUGAUCUCGGCCGUGGGGACCCCUCAGCUCGACGAGCAGACGAGGAUUGUCAUGGCCAUCAAGGAGGCCGGCAAUGUCAUUAAGAGGUUCCUGCCGUCUGAGUUCGGAUCUGACCCAGAGCGGGUUCACACCGUGGAUCCAGCGGCCACACUGUACGCUGGUAAAAUCAGACUUCGCCGUCUAAUCGAGGCAGAGGGUAUACCUCAUACAUAUGUCUGCUGCAACGGGUUCGCCGAAACCUACCUUCUGAGCAUCGGCGAUGUUACCGCUGUUGGCGCUGCUCCUCCGUCGUCCGACAAGAUCACUGUCCUAGGCGAUGGAGAUGCAAAAGGGGUGUUUGUGGUGGAAGAGGACAUAGCUUCCUACACGGUGAGAGCGAUCGACGAUACGAGGACCCUGAACAAGAUCCUGUACAUGAGGCCGCCGGCGAACAUCGUGUCCCACAAUGAGCUCAUCGCACUGUGGGAGAAGAAAGCGGGAAGGACUUUCCAGAUCGCUCGCAUCCCAGAGGCAGAUCUCCUCAAGUUGAUCAAGGAGGCGGCAUACCCUCUCAACAUGAUGCUGUCCCACUCGCUCUCCGUCUUCGUGAGGGGCGACCAAGCCAACUUUGACAUCGAGGCGUCCUUUGGUGUUGAGGCCACCGAGCUGUACCCUGACGUGAAGUACACCACCGUCGACGAGUACCUGGACCGCCUCCUCUGACAGUUCUUGGCUGGAUGGAAUGACAAGAGCUGACGUCCACAAUAAAGAUGAUGCAGCAGUGGCCUCUCCAAAUCCAAUGAUGCAUGUGUGUGGUCUUGUGUGCAAAUUCACCAGAAAGAAAAGAAGAACCUCUGCGUGCCUUGCUAAAAAAAUAUGAUUUGUGGCCGUGUACGGUACGUAUAUGGAACAGUCACCGAAUAAGAUUUCUGAGCAUCGGCGAUGUUAUGGCUGUUGGCCUCCAAUUUAUUCUAAUAAGUGAUAUCAUAAGCAAGGUUCGAAAAAGGCCGCGGUUGUUGAUCUAGAAGGAAGAGAGUCGAAGGAUUGAUCGGGUCGAUGUGAUAAUCUGCGGCGGACUGACGCGGAAACUGCAAGUUGCCGGAGUGAUUGUUUGGCGGCAUCGACGGGAUCGGGAUUCUUUCGGCCAGAAGGAAGCAAUCGAAAGUAGCAGAUGACGUGAGCAAGGGACCAAGCGGUGCGGUGGCGCACGCACACGAAAGCAAGUCUGGGCAAGCCAUGCGGGCAGGAAGGCCGGAGUGUGCUAGGCGCUGGUAUGCUACUGGUUCAGGAAGGGCACGCGCAAGCCAGGUGUGUGGUACAUGCAUAUGAGAUUUGUUGGUGAAAAAACAAGAGCUUGCAUAUAUGUGGAGAAGCUAAUAGCAUGACAAGACAACAAGAAAAAAUGUAUUAACCAAGUCCACAUACAUAGAUUUAACUGAAAAAAAUGCCUGAUGCAGAAAGAGCCCAUCGGAAUGCAGCCACUGAUCCCAUCUUCCCCCAACAAGUGCUCGCCUGAACUGUAUAUUUAGGGAAACCAAUCCCAAUAUUGUACUCA